AUGCCACCUUUAAACCGAACAGUACUCUCACCACCGCCGCCCUAUACGUCGUCGCUCACCACCACCAACCUGUACGCCGCAGCUCGCCACCACUACCCUGCUCUUCCUUCUCUGUUAACUACCGUCGCAUACCUGCUUUGCCUUCUCCGUUCACCUUCGAAGUGUACACACUCAACUUCUGGAGGGUAUCUCACAUCAAGUUUUAAUGGGACCAAGAUGGAAAGGAAAAGGGUCAGAAGCAAAAGCCCUUGA